UCAUCCUCAAUCCAGUCUUGCAGCUGCUCCAAGUACCCCUCCGUCCUGCGCGUAGCGGCUGUUUGGUGGCCUCUUCAUUCUGCUGGGGAGGCCUGCAGGGAGCUGCUUGCCUGCUGGCCCGUCGGAGUCCGAGUGAAAGACUGUGGGAAGGCCCCAUGAACACCUUGGAUGAUACCAUAAUUUUGUCAAAACCGUUGCCCCAUACUGGAGUCUGCAAAAAAUGAAGCUGUCCCUCUUGAGUUUUGACAUUGAUGAGGAAACUGAGGCCCAAAGAAGUUAUCCCAUUUGGUUAAAGCCCCACAGCAGGCCAGAGCCAGAUCUGGGACCAGAAAACUGGCUCCUGGUGCUUUGCUCUCCUGAGGAUCGAUUUCUGCAGACGAGCCUUCCAGGUUUUCCAGAUGAGAGUUGACCGAGUGCCUCUUGUGUCCCAGGAAGGCUCCGUGGGCUGCUUGGGGACGGCCGGGGGGACGGCCGGGGGAACGGCCGCACUUCCUCCUUUGCGAGACCUUCUUCCCCCAUCGACUUCGAUAAUCUCCUGACAGCAUAUGACACACAGAAUUCUUCUCUCCUAAAAUGGAGCCAGGUAAAAAGAUGGACUCGGCCAGUGCGCUGCAAACCAACCCACCGCUGAAGCUGCAGCCCGACCGCGGCACAGGGUCCGUGUUUGUCCCCGAGCAAGGUGGCUACAAGGAGAAGUUUGUGAAGGCCGUGGAGGACAAGUACAAGUGCGAGAAGUGCCGCCUGGUGCUGUGCAACCCCAAGCAGACUGAGUGUGGGCACCGAUUCUGCGAGAGCUGCAUGGCCGCCCUGCUCAGCUCCGCGAGUCCCAAGUGCACCGCGUGUCAAGAAAGCAUCGUCAAGGACAAGGUGUUCAAGGAUAACUGCUGCAAGAGGGAGAUCCUGGCCCUCCAGAUCUAUUGUCGGAACGAAGCCAGAGGCUGCGCAGAGCAGCUGACGCUUGGGCAUCUGCUGGUGCACCUAAAGAAUGACUGUCAGUUCGAGGAGCUUCCCUGCAUGCGCGCCGACUGCAAGGAGAAGGUGUUGAGAAGGGACCUGCGCGACCAUGUGGAAAAGGCCUGCAAGUACCGCGAGGCCACAUGCACCCACUGCAAAAGCCAAGUCCCGAUGAUCACGCUGCAGAAGCACGAAGACACUGAGUGCCCCUGCGUGGUGGUGUCCUGCCCUCACAAGUGCAGCGUCCAGACUCUCCUGAGGAGCGAGUUGAGUGCACACUUGUCAGAGUGUGUCAAUGCCCCCAGCACCUGUAGUUUUAAGCGCUAUGGCUGCGUUUUUCAGGGGACGAACCAGCAGAUCAAGGCACACGAGGCCAGCUCCGCCGUGCAGCACGUCAACCUGCUGAAGGAGUGGAGCAACUCGCUGGAGAAGAAGGUUUCCUUGCUGCAGAAUGAAAGCGUAGAAAAAAACAAGAGCAUACAGAGUCUGCACAAUCAGAUCUGUAGCUUCGAAAUUGAGAUUGAGAGGCAGAAGGAGAUGCUUCGAAAUAACGAAUCCAAAAUCCUUCACCUGCAGCGGGUCAUAGACAGCCAGGCGGAGAAGCUGAAGGAGCUGGACAAGGAGAUCCGUCCCUUCCGGCAGAACUGGGAGGAAGCGGACAGCAUGAAGAGCAGCGUGGAGUCCCUGCAGAACCGUGUGACCGAGCUGGAGAGCGUGGACAAGAGUGCGGGACAGGCGGCUCGGAACACAGGCUUGCUGGAGUCCCAGCUGAGCCGGCACGACCAGAUGCUCAGCGUCCACGACAUCCGCCUGGCCGACAUGGACCUGCGCUUCCAGGUGCUGGAGACCGCCAGCUACAAUGGCGUGCUCAUCUGGAAGAUCCGAGACUACAAGCGCCGGAAGCAGGAGGCCGUCAUGGGGAAGACCCUGUCCCUCUACAGCCAGCCUUUCUACACCGGCUACUUCGGCUACAAGAUGUGCGCCAGAGUCUACCUGAACGGGGACGGGAUGGGGAAGGGGACGCAUUUGUCGCUGUUCUUCGUCAUCAUGCGUGGGGAGUAUGAUGCCCUGCUGCCGUGGCCGUUUAAGCAGAAAGUGACGCUCAUGUUGAUGGAUCAGGGCUCCUCCCGGCGCCACCUGGGAGACGCGUUCAAGCCCGACCCCAACAGCAGCAGCUUCAAGAAGCCCACUGGGGAGAUGAACAUCGCCUCUGGCUGCCCGGUCUUCGUGGCCCAGACUGUUCUGGAAAACGGGACGUAUAUUAAAGAUGAUACCAUUUUUAUUAAAGUCAUAGUGGAUACUUCGGAUCUGCCCGACCCCUGAGACGUCAUGGGCGGAGGCUUCAGCAGAAGGUAACUCCUCUGGGGGUGGAACCGGUCUGUCUUUACUGAGGUCCUGAGUGUGGGGAGGACCUUGUGGAGCGGAGGACGCGGCAGGAGCAGAUGCGGCCGCGGGAGGAGACCACGGAAACACCCCGACACGUCCUCCCAUAGACUAGCCGCCCUUCACUCUGAAGAAUUAUUUAUCCUUUGACAAGAUAAAUAUUGCCGUCAGAGAAGUUUUCCAUUUUCGUUUUUAAAGAUCUAGUUAAUCAAGGUGGAAAACAUACAUGCUAAGCAAAACAAACAUGAUUUUUCUUCCUUAAACUUGAACACCAGACACAGAACACACGUGGAACAGCUGGACGUGUCAGCAUGUUAAGUAAAAGGAUAACUUACGAAAUAAUAACACAGUUCUGAAUAUUCAUUCUGCAAUUCAAGAGUGCAGUCUUGUUCCAAAUAUAGUAUAUUGUCUAUUUUUAAGGCCUCAUCUGGUCUCUGUUUUAAUAAUUUGUUUGUCAGAAGACCCUGAAGUAUACCUAGGUCUUUUUUUGAAAGUAUCUAAUUCAGAAGUCAUUUUUUAAUUUAAAGUUCUACAAAUAAUUGUUACUGCAAACAUUUUACUUUAAAACAUUGAUAGACUGAUAUUUCUUGGAAGAAAAUGUAAACUAUCAACACUGGUUAUCACUUGUGAUAGGAAAGAGAAUUCAACUUGUUGUUAUUUCUCGUUAGAAAUGUAAACCUUCACUAUCUGUCGUAGUUAAUGACACUACUUCAAAUUAUUACGAAAGGAACAUUGCUCAUGGAUGCUGUGCAUCAUUUCAGAUUUAUAAUUGUUUUCACCCUAAAAUAGGGCAUUAGUUGAACUUUGGAGUUCUAAACAAAAUCCUGUAGGUUUUUAAAAUUCUGCCCCAUGUCCAGACGAGCUCUCCACAGCUGACGGCAGUGACCUCGCCCCGCCGCCCGCCCGCCCGGCGUGCCAUCCAUCCAGGUGGGCGGCCGUGCCGCGGGAGGCCUGGCGGGUGUGUCUCCAUCUGUCACACUGCUGCAUGCUGUUGCAAUCUCUGAAAGUGACGUCCUUGCUUAGGGAAGGUGGCGUACGGUACUCGUGCCUUAGAUGUGACAUGCUGCUUCUUGACCCUGGGUUUGCGUUCGAUGGGAUUCUGGAAAGUGCUAGUUUAACCAGACUUCUCUCGCUCUCCGCCGCUAGAUUUGUGUCUCCGAGGCCCUCACACAGCUCCGUCCCUGCCAGGGGAGGCCGGGCCCCAUGGGCAGCUUCCGGAGCGCCCAAGACUUCAUCAUCCAGAUUCCAAACUCCAGGCCCCAGAGCCGAGCGUCCCCACGUCCCCAUGUCCCCACCCAGCCCUGGACGCCCGCACAGCUCGGAGCGGAGCCCUCUGAACACCCCAGAGACCCUGCUGGGGCGGGAGGGGGGCUGCCCAGCUGACCCACCUGGUGGGAGCGGUGGCCAGGCUGUCGCCCCGCGUCUCCGCCCGCCCGCCGGCACUGUCUCAACACUGUUUACCGUCUCGAGCCCAACUGUGAUCAGAAGCCUGGAGCCCCGCCUGUGCCCCUUUUGCUAUGCACCACGCUCCACGGUGCUCUUACACUGAUGGGUGCUACACGCGACGGGUGCUUCUUAGCAAAACCAGUGUGUGCGAACCACCACAUCCGCGCCACUCGCCCCGGGGCACACCCACGAUCGGCCGGCUGGGCGCGCGUCAGACUGCCUGCCUCUCGGUCCCCCAUGGCCGCGCGGGGACGGCUGGGUUGGUGCCCGUGGCCCACCUUGUCUCUGGUGCUGCCGUCUGUCCUGGGUGUGCCUUCGCCCCAGUGCCUGCUGGACGUGCCCUCUGCUCACCCGCCUGUCCCCGAGCUUCAUGCAACUCCAUGUCGCACGGCUCUGCGCUCCAUCUGCUGCUCCCCUCUGCUGUCGGGGCUCCUCUGGGCUCGGCUGGCAUCCUUGUUCUGCCCCGGGAGGCGUCAUCGUCCCCGUGGGGAAGGAAAGACUUCCUGAGAAAGCCAGCCCUCCAGGCCUUGCCCAGCUUCUGCUCAACGUCUGGAGGAGCAGUCACCUGGCAGCCGCAUCUCCUCCUGGCGCUGGCGAGACGCCUGCUUGGUACCGGUAGGCUUGGGGUGCGUGGUUCCCGGGGUGGGCGAAAGAGCCCCUUCCUGCUGAGCCCUGGAGACCCGCUCCAGAGCCAUCCCUGUGGGGUCUGGGGACUUCUGGCCGCACCUCGCAUCCACUGGUGUGACAAGUGACUAUACUGCCCCCAGGACUCAGUCCUGGGUGGCGUGGCGGUGUCCUGCUUGGGUGCCCCAUGCCACCCCUCGGUGCUCCCCCCCCGGCCAGCGCCCGGCUCCCCCAACCUCGGUUCACAGGGUCGCAGCCCAGGAGCCCCGGGUGGUCACACAGUGUGUGUUUCCGGGGUGCACGUCCUACCAACACAGCAGCAUUCCGGGGGGAUGCCACCAUCCUGCCCUUUAGAGAAACCAGUGCUGAGUCCUUCGUGCUGUGGCCUGUACACGCAGCCGUUCCCUCCUGUGUCCACGACAGUCACCGUGGCCACCCCUGCUGCCGGGGACGCGGGGCCCGUCAGGCCGAGCUGGGCAGCGUGCGGGCCGCAGGCUCGGGAAGUGAGGGGCGUCUGUGUCGUAGGAGGCCAGGUUGUGUGGAAGGAAGGUUGUGGGGGCCAGGGACGGGGCACGCUAGGGGGCCCUGAGCCGCCUCGGGAGCUGGGCUUCCUGUCCCGGCUCCAUUGGUGAUGCCACGGAGGCCACAGGAGGGUGCACGUUGUCACGGCCACUGUGCUGCCCCUGCUGUCCCUCGGGAGCCUGGCUGGGCUGGACCUGUGGGGCCGUCGCCAGCCCCCGGCCCGGCCCCUCCCUCCCGGAGCACAGCGGCCCGGCCCACAGUAGCUUCCAUGUCUGUCUCCCAGCGCCGACUCGGGUGUCUUCCCGCUUCCUCCGCUCAGCCCCAUUUCCUCCUCGGCCUGUGGCCCCGGGGAUUGUGAGGUGCCACCCGCAGACCCACUGCCCACCAGGUCCCCGGCUUCCCCUGAUCACAUGCGCUGGCCUCCAGGAGGACGUGGUGUCAGGCACAGUCCCGUGGGGACCCCAGCUGCCUCCGCAGACAUCCGCCUGCCCCCGCAGAGUCGCAGUCCCCUGGCUGGGGCUGUGUCCCAGUGGAGCCAGCCCCUUGCUGGAAGGUUCUAGAAGUCAGCACGGCCGCCUGGGGGCUGCAUGGCUGGUGGACAGGGCCCUGGGUGCCCUGCAGAGGAGGGUGUUAGGGCAGCUGCAGGACAGCAGUGUGUCCUGAGAGGUCCCUCGGGACAGCCCCCAGAGACCAGUGGCCACCUAAUCCCCAUCCCGGUGCCAGCUCCCCAUGCCCCCCUGUGCACUGCUGCGAGCUGCGGGCGGUCACCGCAGGCCUGGCCUAGACUCCGACCGGUGGUGCUGUCUCUGGAUCACUGUGGCAUUGGUCAGAGCACAGACUCCCCUGGGACCCUCGCUAGCCCCCCCCACCUGUCCCUCUGCCUGAGGUGAUGAGCACAGCGGGAGGGCCCAGCUGGGGCCUUGGACACUCUUUUUGACAUUCGGUCCAGAUCUUUGCGGACGGGGCUGCGGGAGACCAGGGGUCCGAGGCACGCUUGUGCACCAAGUGUGUGUGACAAGUGAGGGUCUGUCACCACGUCCACGUCUCAGCCCAGACCACGGUUCUGUCUUCUGUUUGCAAAUCUCCAUAACUCUUUUCUCCAAAGUCAAAUGUGCCCUGCGGGUCCAGGUCAGGCGCGGUUGGUGCCAGCAGGUGACCUGGUCACUGCGAUGGCCUCGUCCCAGCUGGUGCUGGCUGUUGGACGCCUUGGCAGCUGGGUCAGGGAGGCCCGGGAUUCCCUUGCCCGCUGUGCCCUGGCAUCAUCACCAGGCGGGCGAGGCCAGUGCGGUCCCCAGUGUCACCUGGGCGUCGUGUGGCGGGAGAGCUCUCGGGCUCAGUCUGGGUCUCGCCUGUCUGUGAGUGGCUGCAGACCGAGGGGAAAGCCCAGGACCUGAGCUGCUCCCGAAACGAGUGUGACUGGUUCCCCAACUUAGCCCCCUUAGCCAAGUAAGAUGACCUUCAACCGCAACUCAACGACUUAAUUGGGAAACACAAAAGCCGGCCUUAUUCCCAAGGAUUUGCCUCAGAAUCCGUCUAGGAGAACUGCCGUGAUCGCGGAAGUGUGCGGGUGGGGUAGACCAUAGACCGGUUCUAGAUUUGCAUUCUUUUCCCUGGUGGUCCGUAACCUCUUGUGUUCAGUUCUAUAACCCAAACACAAAGACCAAAGAAGGCCAGUCUCUCAUUUGACUGUGUUUUUAAUCUGCCUGUUUUACAAAUUGGCGUCCGUAGUGACCGCUCGCUGUGCGGCCCCCCUUGGCUCCGAGUGAUGGUGACCAGUGAUUGGCGUCCUGUGUUCUCAGCGCUUCUAAGAAGACAGUGCGAGUUAUUGCUCAGCAAUAAUCCUGUCGUUCCUGGGUUAGCAGCGCGGCUGACUUUCUGAUAGCAUUAUUAUGUUUUCUAUUUCUGUUUACUGUAUAUCGUGUGUGGUUUUAUUUGGUAUUUAUUUGUGUUUUGAGGUCUUGCAAUGUUUUUGUGUUUCUGAUGCUAAUAACUAAAGUUUGUAAGACUGUAGAAUGCGAAACUUGGAAAUGCUAAACUGUCUUAUUAGAGAAAAAUAAACCUGAUUAAGAGUC